CUUUUUCUUUCUCCUCUCCCUUCCUUUUUGUUUUUCUCUCGCUUGGCAGCUAUACAUCAUAAUACAGUACGAACCAUGGGAUGCUGCGUCUCAGUAGACGGUACAGGCGAUCAUGGAGCCAGAAUGCGCAACGACGAAAUCGACGACCAUCUUCGAAUGGAAAAGCUGAAUAUGCAGAACCAAGUCAAGCUAUUAUUACUCGGUGCUGGUGAAUCGGGUAAAUCGACCCUACUAAAGCAAAUGAAGCUUAUCCAUGAAGGCGGGUUCUCCUUGGACGAGCGUAUGGCAUAUCGCGAAAUUAUUUACAGCAAUACAAUUCAAUCGAUGCAUGUCAUUUUGGAUGCUAUGGACGGUUUAGGUUUAGCAUUCAGCAACGAAGCAUCACACAAGGCCGCCGAUCAUGUAAUACAACAGCCAGCGGAAAUGAUAGAUGAGGCGCCCAUGCCGGCCGACCUGGUCUCCGCCAUCCAGGCCCUGUGGGUCGACCAAGGUGUUCAAGAAGCCGUACGUCGUCGCAACGAGUUUCAACUGAACGACUCUGCAUCUUACUAUUUUGAGUCGAUGGAUCGGAUUGGCAAACCGGAUUAUGUCCCGAGCGACCAGGACGUUCUUCGCUCACGCGUCAAAUCAACGGGCAUCACUGAAACUCACUUUCGACUGGGAGACCUGACGUAUCGAAUGUUUGAUGUCGGUGGCCAGCGCUCCGAACGCAAAAAAUGGAUCCACUGCUUUGAAAACGUUACAUCCGUCAUAUUCAUGGUCGCCAUUUCCGAGUAUGACCAAGUACUCAUCGAAGACGAAUCAGUCAACCGUAUGGACGAAGCAUUGACGUUGUUCGACUCGAUAUGCAACUCACGCUGGUUUGAAAAAACAUCGAUUAUCCUGUUCUUGAACAAAACCGAUCUGUUCAAGGAGAAGUUGCAACACUCAAAAUUUUCCAACUACUUUCCCGACUAUCGACACAACGACACCGAUUACGAUACUACCAGUAAAUACAUCAUGGAACGCUUCAAAUCGCUCAGCAACCACACGGCCGAGAAGCAGAUUUACACGCAUUUUACCUGUGCCACAGAUACUGAGCAGAUUCGCUUUGUCAUGACCGCCGUGAACGACAUUAUCCUCCAAGCCAACUUGCGCAACGUUGGCCUACUCUGAUUACUAUAAUGAUAUUCUGUUUAUACCACUGCCACAUAGCCUUCCCUUAUUCUCAUCCUGUAUCUCCGAAGCCUCAAAAGCCCUGUCCUUUUCGCCACGUCUCCAUCCAGUCGAAGCACGUUUCUUCUCUCUAACUCACCCCCUGUCCCUUGUUUAUGCGUUUUAAUCUUCAUCAGGCGACAUCCUUUAUUAUACACAUAUUACCAUAUACCAUAUACAGCUCACAAUAAGAGAAACAGAAUUAGUAGAUGGUUAAAGUUCAGGGAUACCUGCUUUGCCGCUUGGGUAACCAAAAUAAAUAUGUAUCUUGUCAUUCGAUUACCUGCACAUAAUAAUUGCUUUUAUUAUUCUAUCCC